AUGGCACAGGUGGAGAGGCUGAGCAGCAGCAAGUGGACGGCCACAGCGGCCAGCAUAUGGAUCCAGAGCGCCGCCGGCUCUUCCUACGCCUUCAGCAUCUAUUCGUCGGCGCUCAAGUCCAGCCAGGGCUACGACCAAUCAACGCUCGACACGGUGUCCGUCUUCAAGGACAUAGGCGCCAACGCCGGCAUCCUAUCGGGGAUUUUAUACUCCGCCGUCGCACUCAAUCGUCGCCGCAUCGGUGGGCCCUGGGUGGUGCACGCGGCAGGGGCUAUCCAGUGCUUCUUGGGGUACUUCUUCUUGUGGGCUGCUGUGACCGGACUGGUCGAGAGGCCGCCGGUAGCGGCUGUGUGCUUGUUCAUGUUCUUGGCCGCCCACGCUCAGACUUUCUACAACACCGCCAAUGUGGUCACCGGGGUCCACAACUUCUCUGAGUACGGUGGGACCAUCGUGGGCAUCAUGAAGGGAUUUCUUGGUCUUAGUUCAGCAAUACUAGUCCAAGUCUAUGACACAUUCUGCAAAGGCAAGCCCAGCACAUUCCUUCUUAUGCUGGCUUUGUUGCCUGCAUCUGUCUCCAUCUUGUUCAUGCCUCUUGUGAGAAUCUAUGAAGCUCAUAGAGCUGAUACUGAUAAGAAGUACUUGAACGCUUUCUCUGCUUUUGCUCUGCUCAUAGCUGCUUAUCUCAUGGUCAUAAUCAUUUUGGAAAACAUCUUCAGUUUCACAUCAUGGGCAAGUAUUGCUACAUUCAUAGCACUUCUUGUGGUCUUAAUUACCUCACCCCUUGGAAUUGCAACCAAAGCCCAGAAAUUUGAGUCAAAUAGGCUUACAGUGACACUUGAUCCUUUGCUAGAAAACCCUGAACCAAGAUUGGCAUCAUCAAAGUUCUCUGCAUCAGAGGAACCUGUAGAACAUGAACCUGAAAUGCUGGUAGAUCGUCUUGAAGAUAUGAAUCUACUGAGCGCUAUGGGUUCUGUUGAUUUUUGGUUGUUGUUUAUUGCCAUGAUUUGUGGAAUGGGGUCUGGAUUGGCCACAAUAAACAACAUGAGCCAAAUAGGCCAGUCCCUUGGUUACACAACAGUUGAGAUCAAUUCCUUUGUUUCUCUAUGGAGUAUAUGGAACUUUCUAGGCCGUUUCGGAGCCGGGUAUGUCUCAGAUUAUUUGCUGCAUACCAGAGGAUGGGCAAGGCCAUUGUUGAUGGCUCUUACUCUAGCAACCAUGGCUGCUGGCCACAUUGUAAUUUCAUCUGGUUUUUCUGGAAAUUUGUAUGUGGGUUCAAUCCUAGUUGGCAUUUGUUAUGGCUCACAGUGGUCACUGAUGCCCACAAUCACUUCUGAAAUCUUUGGGAUAAGACACAUGGGUACUAUUUUCAACACAAUUUCCAUAGCCAGUCCUAUUGGUUCUUAUAUUUUCUCUGUAAGAGUGAUUGGGUACAUAUAUGAUAAAGAAGCUUCUGCAGAAGACUCCUGCAAUGGCACUCACUGCUUCAUGUUGUCUUUUCUGAUAAUGGCAUCUGUUGCUUUCUUUGGGUUUCUUAUUGCUCUCGGUUUGUUCUUUCGAACUAGGAGGUUCUACAGCUCGAUUGUGCUCAAAAGAUUGCGGCAUUCUCCAAGACAGUGA